GGAGACCAUCGAUCGUGCUGCUGCUGCUAUCGUUGCUCUGUCGGUGCCCCGUCAUCGCCCUUUUCCCUCCGUCGAUUUCUGGCAUGGUCGAUUGCCCAUCGACCUCUUGAUCUACACAAUGGCCGGCUUACAGAGUCGAUCGGCCAUGUCCCUUCCGUUCUCCCUCUCUGCGGCGUUUCGCAACCUCUCCGUCACCACCCCGAAACGUUCCUUUUCCACGACAUUGGCCGCGCAGAAGACGAAAACCCUCCCGGAUUACAUCCCUCCCUACCCCUACGGCCCGAACUAUGUCUUCAAGCAGUCCAACUCCGGUCUCUACGGAGGCACCAUGAUCCAAUUCGGAAACAAGAUCUCCCAAGGCCGCAACGAGGGGAAAACCCGCCGACUGUGGAAGCCCAACGUUCGUCGCAAGAAGCUGCACAGCGAAGCGCUCGGUGAGGACCUGUUCAUUAAGGUGACACGGAGGGCUCUGCGCACGAUCUACAAGUCCGGUGGCCUCGACAACUACCUCCUCAGCGAUCGCCCGGGGCGGAUCAGGGAGCUUGGAAUGUUUGGCUGGGAGUUGCGGUGGAAGGUGAUGCAGACGCCCAAGAUCCAGGAACAAUUCAAGGAAGAGAGGAAAAAGCUGGGUCUGCCGGAACCGCCUACGUUCGAGGAGUGGGUCAAGCAGAAGGAGGCUGAUCUCAAGGCCGAGGUCGAGAAGGGGACGAACAUCAGAGAUAUCACGAAGCCUACGUUGAGCAAGAAGCAGUACUAGGGGUCUGGGAGGAAAGACUAGCUUCACGGCUGGGUCGAAUUGGGAUGGUCGAUUUCGUUUGAAUUAUCUGGUGACCAACGGAUGGGCGUCUGUUGUAUUAUUACUAUUUGUCCGGCCAUGGUCGACAGUGUCUGCAUACCGCUUUGAUAUCUUGCAGAUGGUGGAGAUGACUGUACAGCCAUUGAAAUAUUGCAUUGACUGUUUUGGAUUCGCAUUAGUCGCUCUUCAGUGUAUUUAUAUGUUGCCAAUGCUAUUGGGUUUGA